GGAAAGAGGAGGUGAUGCUGAAUAACGGUGCCUUAAUAUAAGUUCGGGAUUCAUUCCCGUAUGAGGGUCUGUCAGUAAGCGAAUGGAGCUGGAUGAGUGCGGGGUUUUGGUGGCGUAGCACGUAGUUUCAGCUGAUCACUUACCAUGAGUGUCUCCGUUUUUUCCUUUAUCACUACCCUACGCGCGCAAAUGUACCAGCUGCAGAAGAUCUCGAAUCGUUCGGUGUCGCAUGCCCCUUAAGAGCUGUUGCACAAGGCCAUGGACGAUGCCAUUGUUUCCCUACGUCAAUCUGACGAGCACUCACACAAACCUCCCGGCCAGGCCGAAGGCCUCCACACAUCCCUCGACGUGCGUACCACACUCCCGUACGACCGCAUAACACAAGAUCGCCAUAUUCGCGUCCUCGACUUAGCUCCGGGUAGCUGGGAAGAGCCUGUAAACUGCUUCUUGAGGACCGUUCACUUAGAUGACGAUGAGCUUCGCUAUGAAGCAAUCUCCUACGCUUGGGGCGACCCCAGCGAUCGUCAGACCGUCGUUUGCAACGGAAAUGUCGUCAGCACUACCCGCAGUCUAUUCGAGGCUCUGCAGCGCUUCCGAUAUGCCGAUACCCCUAGAACACUUUGGGCCGAUGCGUUAUGUAUAAAUCAGACCGAUAACGACGAAAGAACCUCACAGGUGCGGCUUAUGGGCUUCAUUUAUACAAAGGCUGUUCGGGUCCUUGUAUGGCUGCAACACGAAGAUGACCAAGUGGUCCUUGACUCCCUGAACGCCAUAUGCCGAUAUAUACUCCGAUCAGAUGGCUUUGCACGAUUCCCGCAAAUUCUCAAGCAUCAAAAGAUCUCGCAGAUGCUAUACAAAUGGCUUGGUAUGACGGUAACCAGCGUCGGCGGAGACGAUCCGCCAGAUAUCGAUCUUGCCGCGACACACGCUUUGCGUCAGAUAUGCUCCCCACUGUGGUUUAGCCGCGGAUGGGUCGUUCAGGAAGUCGCAUUAGGCAUCUCAACGUCUGUGUUUUGGGGGCACGCUGAGAUCGGCUUUGAAUGGUUAGGGGUCGCGGCUUCAUGUGGUAUUCUAUCAGCUUCUCACGAUUUUUCUUUCGGCAUGCUGCAUUGCUAUUUUCUUUUCGAAUUGUGUCCGCUGUUCAAAACAUAUGGCCCUCUGCGGAAAUCCUGUUUCGCUCUGCUUCGUGCAACCAUGCACGUCACUUUCAGUGACCCCAAAGACAGGAUCUAUGGCCUGCUUGGGCUGAGCACACUUGAGUAUGAUCCUACGGAUGGUCGGUUAUUGGUAGAUCCCGAUUACAGCAUUACGACAAUGGAAUGCCACCGCAGGGUGGCAAGCAAACUACUCCUUGAGUGGCAUGAACUCAGAGUGCUUUCCUGGGCUGGACAUCGUUCUGAAUUUGCCGAAGAUUGGCCAUCGUGGGUGCCAGAUUGGAGCCGUCCACGAAUCGUUUCAUUCGGGCCCGUGAGUGACCUAGACUGGGCAACUUUUGGGGAGCCGGGUCUCACUCAUAUAUCAGAAACGGUUAAUAUUGGGAACUAUUGUAUUGAUAUCCCAGGUUUCAGGGUUGAUACUGUAGAUCGGGAAGUCAAGGAGUAUUUGAACCUGGGAGAUUUUGAGGAUAUUAUUUACGGACCUGCACGCCUACAAGCCAUGCUCCGCUCUUUGGCCCACGUAUACGAUCAACGAUAUCUUGCCUGUACGUUUGGAAACCGGUUCAGGUAUCGCCCUUUGAACUCUGUCCGCAUUGCGAACCUUCUGAGCGAAUAUCACAUAUUCAUAAAUAAUGAUUCUACGCAGAACAUGUACCGGCUUGUGCCAGCGGAACUUUACAGAGAUGAUCAUCCUUCUUCAUUCGCACCAAGUGCGGAUAGGUUCUUCGACCGAUGUCGGCGUGAUAGACCUGGCCACACCCUUUUCAUCACCAGCACGGGGAUGCUCGGUCUUGGAUCUGAGGCUUUGCUUACCGGCGACGUCGUAGUCGUACUACACGGCACCUCCAUACCUUUCGUCCUUCGGCCUGCGGCGGACGGCCUUUGGAGACUCGUAGGAGAGUGCUAUCUCUACAAUGUCAACGAGGGUCGCGUUCACAGAGAAUGGGAAGAGAAAGGCAGCGUGUCGGAGAAGUUCUGUAUUUACUGAAUCGCCGGUACCGCACGUAUUUGCUACUACUGCUCCUUUUACGAUUCCGAACCGACCUCAUAAUCUGAGUAUGUAGGUUAUCCGAUUCUCUCGAGGUGGAACUGUGGUGGUG